UUUGAUUAUUCACCGCUGUCAUGGUAGCAAUGACACUGACCACUGUUCUUGGUCAGUCGAAAAGUUUCAUAGUUUAUUGUCAAACUCUUCAUUUAUAAAUGCACACAAUCUCUCUGUUUCUCUCCUGUUCGAUAUAACUGUGACUAUCAUGAACCGAUCUAUACGAAAUUUCCUGCCCACUACAAGCUAAAUUAUCAAUAAGUUUUCUCCCUGUCUCCUGAAGACCCUGCAAGCCUCACCACCAAUUAUGUCAGUGGUGACAUUACAGUUGGGUCAGUGUGGGAAUCAAAUAGGGGGGGAAUUUUACAACACCCUUCUACAAGACUUUCACAUCAGAAAUCCGCAUGUUUCUCCCCGAGCCAAUGAGAACUACAUUCAAGAAGCCAUUGACCGUUUCUUUGUCGAAUGCAAGACCAAAAGUGGAUUGGCCUGUCUUUUAGAAGCUCGGGCCGUCAUGGUCGACAUGGAACCAAAAGUGAUUGCACAGACAUGCCAACUAGCUAGGCGGUCAGGUUUGUGGCGGUAUCCAGCUAAUCAACAGGUGUGUCAUCAGAGAGGAUCAGGUAAUAACUGGGCAAAUGGAUUCCUUUCUUGUGGACCCAAAGCAAAAGAAACAGUAAUGAAUAUGAUUCGAAAAGAGGCUGAAAAAUGUGAUUGUCUUGGAGGUUUCCUGUGUCUGAUGAGUGUUGCUGGUGGCACAGGUUCUGGUGUUGGUGCUUACCUUACUCGCUGUCUUCGUGAUGUCUACCCAAAUGCCUUCAUCUUGAAUCAAGUGAUCUGGCCAUAUCACACUGGAGAAGUGAUUGUCCAGAACUAUAAUACAGUGUUGACCCUAUCUAAUCUUUACCAGACAUCAGAUGGCCUCCUGCUCAUUAAUAAUGACCAACUGCAGGAUAUCUGCACCCGACGGCUGCACAUAAAGCAAGUGACAUUUGAGAACAUGAACUGUGUUGUAGCUGACCAACUGACCAGCCUCCUCCAGCCUGUUUACAAAACUAAAACAGGUAAAAUUGUUCACAAUUGUCUUGGUAAGCAACCAGGCUUGGGAAGGGAUGAGGGGGUGGGGACUAUGUGUUUUUGUUUGACCUCUAUAAAUGUUUGUUUUUUUUCUUUUUCCCCCUAUAUUUUUCCAGGCAUCAAUUGGUCCCUCUCUGUCAAUGAUGAUGUCCCCAGAGGAGCUGCUGUCAAAUAUAACCGUUCCUUGUCGUCCCUUUUAAUAUUGCGUGGUGAACAGUUGGCCACGGCUGAUACUACAUUAUUCCAAGACCAAAGGCUUUACACACCCUGGACACUUCCAGACCUCAGUUUCACCAAAUGGCACCAACCACGAUCAUUUCAGCAUUAUGACAAAUCUGCUACUUUGGUGAGCAACAGUCAGAUGACAGCCAAACCACUGGACCAUGUGGUCAGUCGGGCCUGGGAUAUGUUCUCUGCCAAAGCCUUCUUUCAUCAAUAUUGUGAUUAUGGACUCACUGCCUCUGAUUUCUUAGACUCUUUUGCUUGCUUGGAACAAAUCAUUGCUAGUUAUGCCAGUUUGUAAAGGAUCACACUGAACUGUGAGAGUGGUGAGGGAAUAGAGAGAGAGAACUGUAAAGGGGAGAAUCAUCUCUCCCACACUGGGGAGCUGCACCAGACUCCAGUCUGAUUUGGUAUACUUUCUAUGGUUAGAUGCUCUUGCUAAUACCAACAUAUAUAUGUGUUUGUGUUUGUGAAGGCAUGUGGCCCAGUGGUUAGGGUGUGACACUCAUGAUUGCUAGAUAGUGGGUUCGAUUCCUAGACCACGCAGCACAUUAUGUUCUCGAGCAAAACACUUCAGUUCAUGUUGCUCCAGUCUACUUAGCUGUAGACUGCUCACCUAGCCACUGGGGUGGCAUCAUUCAAAGACAGUGAAGUGCAUUGUGACCAGUGAUGAAUAACAUCAGAUAGUCUGGUCAAUACUGGGAGUUAACAUGGCAUCUCCUAACGACAAAAUAAACUUCAUGUAAUCAAGCUAUCCUUGGCCUGAAACAUAUGUAGCCUGGAUUUGAUCUCUUCCUAAUUUUUGGAUCCUUUUUUGCACAUACGGCCACCCCAGUUGCUAACUGUGAACUAUAAAAUAACUUUUUGCAGCUUAUUGUCCUUUGCUAUGGGAAAAAUUCAUAACCUUCUCUGCCAAUAAACCAUUAUUGUUCUUGAAAGUUAUUUUUUUAUACCUUCUACUAUGGACUGCUUGAAGCUUAUUAACUUCCUACACCUUGACCCUUAGGUCUUACCUUUACAUAUCUAUCUAUGUCUAUCAAUAUUCUCCUUGUACUUAUAAUUACACUUUCCAAGUGUGAGAUCUUAAAUGACUUCUGAGCCCUGAAAGGCGUUUGAAGAGCUGAUCCCAAAUAUGGCAGCAAGGUCCCAUUUCAACAUUGGCUCCCAUAUCCUGUUCGUCUGUUAUGAAUAUUCAAGUUCUGCUCCACAUGACUUGCAGGUUUCUUGACAGACAUUUGAAUGAAAUUCUAAUAGUUCGUGUACACCUUACCCACAUGGCCAUGCUGGUGCAAUCUUGGGUGAAAUAUCUAAAGAACAUUUAAAGGAAUGAGAAACUCUCGUAACACUUGAUAUUGAUCUCAUUUUUACAAACUUUUCUUGUGGCUUUUCUGUCCUUCUUACUGACCAUGAUGCCAUCUGAUUUCCACCUGACAACAUAGAUCUCUUGGAGUAACAUCUCUAAGCCACAUUCUAAGAAAUCGACCAAGACCUUAAAUGACUUCUUUAUUCUUUCUAACACAUAAAUGUUGAGCUAUUUUGUUUUUAUUCUGAAAUGUCAUUAUUAACAAUAAUCUCUUUUUGGCUAAUAAAGAAAAGAUUAUUAACAACA